AUGCAAUGUGAUGAACCAAUCAACUUUCUGCACCUUUCAACUGCUGUCAAGAUCUUCUGUGGUAGCUCUAUCAAGCUGGAUAUGCUCCCUCAUGUGGAGAUGCUGCUUCAAGAGUACUUGCUCAAGUACAAAAGGUUGUAUUGUGUUGAUGCCCUGAAACCAAACUUUCAUUGGGCAGUUCAUCUUAGGCAACAGAUCCUUGACUAUGGACCAGUCUACAACUUUUGGGCCUUUCUCUCUGAGCAUCUCAACAAAGUCCUCAAGAGUUCAAACUCAAACAACUGGACUGGGGGGCAGAUUGAGAUUUCGAUGAUGAGGAAGUUUGCGCAUGGUGCUCAGAUAGAUUCUCUGGCUUGUGAUGCAAUAGCAAAUGCUGAAAGUCUGAUUGUCAAGAUGCUUCUAGAACACAUGCUUGGUGAUGGCCACAAGGCCUCUGGAACAAUCCAGGAUGCUGCCACUGGGACAGGCUUUGACAGUACAUUUCAUGUCAUCCAUUUUCUUACAAACUCGCUGAUUUUUGACUUCUCAUUAGACGAUGCAGCUCAAGUUGCAUUAUAUACUCACUAUAACUCACAACAACCCCACAGUGUUCAUUAUGCACUUGAAGCAAAUCCCCGUCCAGGUUCAUCUCAACUCAACGACUUUGCAUUGUACUAUCAGUUCACACUUCUAGAUGGACGUCGGAUCUCACCAUUGGCAAGAAGCACUCAAGAGUCUGCCAGAUCAUCUCUCAUCAAGGUCACAUACAUGGAUAAGUCAUGGUACGGUGAAGUAAUCAACAUCUUCAGUCACAUACAGUUGGGGAUAGCAAACGGAACUCGGCUUCUCACUGAACUCAGGUGGAUGAUAGAGUUACUGCUGGUGCCCAUUGAAGAUGAUCCAUGGAGCAAGUUUCCCAAGCUUGACAUUAUGUGUUUUAAACUAAAUGAAUACUGGAGCCCAGGCAAAGAUGGAGCUCCCCCUACUGUUCUUCCAUUCGAUCAAAUUACAAGCCAGAUCGCUCAUGGAAUCAUCAAGACCAGUAAUCCAGAGUUGUGGAUAACAACAACACUUGACCGGGUAUGUCCAAAAUGUUCUCUAUCAUACAAUGAUUGA